AUCAGCACACAGACCAAUGAAUUAACACAUGUCAUACACAACAACCAGAGGAAGAGAAAGAGAGAGAGAGAAACACUCAUUUCGGUCGAGUGUGACAGAUACCAAUGCGAUGUUUGUAAACGUUAGACACUUACACCGCUGAAGGUUGUUGAUCAGAAUGAGUGAUUUAAAAAGUGAAUUUUAUACAAAAUCCCAACUAAAUCGAUCGAUGUGAAAGUUUAAUAGUCUCCUGAAAUCAAUUCAAAUUUACACGAAAUCAUGAGUGCCGAGGGUUUUCACGACGAUUGCAUUGACUUAAUCAACGAAUACUGUAGUCGAAAUUCAACCGAUUUUCAGCUGUUUUGUGAUAUUUGGAAGGAGAAAGGAUUUCAUUAUGUAUUUUACGGACACACUCAUCAGCACGAGCUGCUAUUGUAUACAGAAAAUUGUUUUGUGAUUCUAAAGAAUAUUUUUACCGGUUCAACAACGAUUGGAGAGCGAUUGGCUACACUGUACUUAAUGUAUGCGAUGUAUUUCAAGCAGCCGACAAAAGAUUUCUGUAAAUUUCGUUAUACGCUCAACGAUUGGACGCGAAUGAAAAAUUUCUGCGAUGCCAUUUACAUUGAACCAAAAUAUUUGCAGGCUCGUGCAAUCUUUUGGCGAUUGUAUCAAAGUAAUGCAUUUCGAUUUGUCGAAUGUGAUAUGGAACAUUAUCCCGAAUCAAUGCAAUUGCACCGACUGGGCAACGAUUGCUUUGGUGAUUUUCAGAAGAUCAACUCAACGAUUCUGGCCACUGUGAAUGAUCUACAGAAUGAGAGCAAAGGACUUAUGAGUGCCAUCGGAACAUUGCAACUUGGAUACAAUGAGAUGAAAGACCAUUUUGCGGCCAAUAUGAAUGAAUGUGCACAUAUGCAAAGCAUCGAUGUGAUUGAAGGUGUUGGUUCACAAUUGGAUAAGGUGAAAAAGUUGUUUGAAAACAAGUAUGAUAGCCGGUAUACGAGGCGAAAACGCCAGGCAACUGCUGGACCAUCUAGGCGAGCAAAAGAGUGUGAAACCACUGACUAUGAUACCGAAUUGAAUGCAUCGUAUUCAUCAUACAGUGAAUCAAACGAUGAUUCAGUUUCGGAGCGUAGUGAUGACGAUACCAUGGAUGGGGCAUGCCUAAAUAUUGGCUCGAGGCGAUACUAUUUGAAACGGAAUGCAUUGCAGAAUGAAGUCGGUGGACUUCAUCAGCUUAAAAGUACUGUGAUCGCAACGCGUAGUUCACCACGCAAAAAGAAUAAAUUAGCGGCUCCAAAAGAAACCGAAGCCACAACCAGCAACCAACCGAGCCGAUCGACAUCGGUCAUGAGCUCACCGCCAGAAAAAAGCCGUGUAUCGAUCGAUAAUACCAGCGGAAAUAUUGUGAUAAAUCGACGGCAAAAAGUUUACAAUCGACACUCAAAACAGUAUGUUAGCUCGGUGCGCAAACAAUUUACGGAUUGCCCAAGCGAGGUCAGCGAAGAGGUCGACAUGAGGAGCCCCCGAAAGCACGCUAAACUCAAAUGAUCACCAAGAAAACUUCAUCAUUUGACCAUUGUUAAAAUGUAUUUAUUUACAUAAGUAAAAAUAAGAGAUGUAUCACAAAUAUCAUAUUUAUUAUAUAAGAAAAACCAUCGACAUCUUUCUAAACGUAGACUAGGCGAAUUAGAUGAAAAUGUCAAUUCCUGUUGCGUGCUAAUUUACUUUCUUUCUGUUGUUAAUUGUUGUUCAACGUAUCACAAUCAGAAGAACUGUAAUUUUUUUCUUGCAAAAAUAAAAACCAUCCUGUCUAUGAAAUGAA